AUGACCAUCACCUGGGAAGAAAAAAGUGAAAAACGGAAUAGGGAGGUGAAUGGCAACAUGGCAGCCAGAGCAGAAAACUAUCUUGAAUCGCUUCUCAUGGGUGCUUUUAAGGGGAAAGGAUUUCAGAAAAUAAGUGAAUUGCUUCAGGAGAGAGAAAUAGAGCCUCCUCAGAAAUACAGCAAAUCUCUCCUCAAGCAGCUAGACAAAUCACUGAGAAAGGUUUUAACUGAUUUUUUUAAUUUUUACUUGGUAUCAUGGUUUGAAAGAACAAGAGCAUUUGUGAUCCUCAUCAACACAAAGGAGAAUAAAUAUUUGGUGUUGCUUCUUGAAGACUUCUUUGACACUGCAUUGGUGAUUUGCAAGUGUAGUGACGAAGGGAAGAAAGAGAUGGUGAAUCUAUUUUUACCUGAACUAGGGCAUCUAGUGACAGAAGCAAAUGCUUGCUUUGCUCUGCGGCAGGAGGCUAUGAGGACCCUCAACUCUAUACUUGACAGUGUCCCACGGGAGGAGAGAAAGAAAUUCCCCCUGUCUGAGGAGAUGUGCUCACUCACGAAAUGCCUUGCAAAAACUAUACUGGAGGCUGGCGAUUAUGACCUUCAGGUUGCCAUUUCAGAAGCACUUUGUAGGUUAAUGACAAAAAAAUGGAGGGAUGACUUUGUUCACAGCUGGUUUGAAGAUGACUAUCUUGCUGAAGCUUUCAAAGAGAUCAAGGAUAGAGAAUUUGAGACGGACUGCAGAAAAUUUCUUAACCGGCUAAAUGAAAGGCUUGGAAAUGGAAAGAGAGUCUAUUCGUUUCCUUGCAUAUCUGCUUUUGCUGACAUGAAUGAGGUGAAGAAGCCAUUGGAUGAGAAGCUGGAAGGGUUCUGGAUUGACUUCAACACUGGCAGCCAGAGUGUGACAUUCUAUGUGGACAGUAAAGAGGGUGCUCUUUGGGAGUCUGUGAGGCUGUCGAAAGAAGCAGUCAGAGGUUACAGCCUGAAGGAGAAUGAUGGAGAAAAAGUUGUUAAAAUUUAUAUGAAGAUUCCUGCUACUUUUAAUGAAACAGAAGCAACAAAAAUCAAAAUAUCUUUCAGUGCUGAGUUUGAAAUCUUAAGUAUACUUAGAAAAGUCCUGGGAGAUGAAAAAAUGAUGAUAAAUAUGGCUGAAGAGGAGUCUCUCUGUGCUGGGAAGCAAGACGAGAGGCAUGAAGCAGUGUUGCCUGAGUCCACUAAUCCACAGGGCAGAACAGAUCCUUCAAACUCUGAAAACAUGGAGACUCCACCAGACGACUUGGCCUCUCAGCACAGCCCACAGUUAACAGACACUGUAGCAGAAAUGGUGAACUCUGAUGUCACCACGAGUACAGUGAACCAGCAGGCUGAUGUGGAAGAUGCUAAUGAACUAGAAAAGUCCAAAACUUCAUCUCCAAGGAUGAAAGCUAAGCCUAGUGAGAAGCCCCUAGAAGAGCCACCCGUGGAGGAGUCGACAUCAAAGACUGUUACCUGGGAGAAGAGGAACAGAAAAACAAGAUCAGCCAAGCAGAAGACUGAAGGCAGGAAGGAAAUCUAUGACUUUGAAAACUCAGACUCUGCAAGUCAUGAAAAGGUUGCUGAAGCCAAAAGGAAGAUUUUUGGCCAGAAAGAUUCUUCACAAAAUCAGAGGAAUUACGAAACGGGAAACAAGAACAAGGAUUCAAACAAGCUCAAGAGAAGGCGGUCCAGUUACAGAAACCAUCUUUUCUCUGAAAGCAACAGUGAAAAUACAAGUACUGAUCAGAGUGAAAAAAGCUGGAUCCUUGAGCCUGAGAAACAGUCGUUGCCAAAAUCUCUUGACUAUGCCCGAAAAAGACCAGGGGUGAAAAGUAAAUUAAAAGUGCUUCCAGUGUCUUCUACAAGUAGUGGCAGUGACUACCAGCCAAACAAGAAUUUUCACGAUGCAUCUGACACACUGUCGAGAGAAAAAGAAAGUUUUAAGCGGAAGGACUCAGAUAUAUUAAGUGGCACUGUCGUAAAAAAGCUUAAAUUUUCCAGCUGGGAAACAAGUCAUUUGUCCUCUGCUUCCCAUAAGCCAAGGAAACUUUUUGAUUCAGUAGAGAAGGAAGCGGAGAUCCAAACAGGUCAGGAAAUGGAUGAUAGUGUGGAUGAUGAAGUUUUUUCCAAGUUGCUGCAUGAGGACUUCAGUGAUACUCUGUUGAUUACUGCAUUUGAAAGCUUGAUUGACCGACUAAAGAAAUGGUUCUGGUCCCGGUACAAAAGGAUGGAGACCGGCAUACAGAAUGCCCUGAGGACUUCGGAGAAGAGUUUCACUACCCUGCUGAACCAGAUACACAAGUGCAGGUUGAGUAAGCUGGAGACCUUCUACAAGAUCGUUGUUGAAGAGCUUGCUGGUCUUGAGAAGGAAGCUCAGGUCUUGACAGAAAUGGAAAAGGAUGCAGUGGACUAUUGGAACACACAGUUGAUCAAACUGAAUGCUUUCUGCAACCAGCAAACACAAAGAAUUCAGUCUGACUCGGCCCUGGGUGAAACAGCAACUUUUGCUGACACUGUCCAGAAGUCAACGGGGUAUGUGCAGUACUCAAGCAGCUCUUAUGAACACUCAGUGAAGAAGGCAGUAGAAAACAAUGUGUUCAUUGUUGCUUCUGACUAA